AUGGACAUCCCACACGCUGAUAUUCCACCCGCUGGAGACUACAAACUCUACAAGAAGGUCACCUACGGGGGAAACGCCACCAUCUGGUACGGCCUGCACAAAGACGACGAGGCAAAUUUCCGGAAAUCGGAUCCUCCGAAAGGGAUCGAAUACUAUUCCGCGGUUCGCGAGAGACUCGUGGCCGUAAAGAUACCCUUCAACGGCAUCAGUUCAGCUCGUGAAUCAGCCGUCGCAGAGGUCGAAGCACUGCAACACGUCCGAGACAUCCUGCAGAGCACAACCAGCAAGGAUCUUCGGAACAACUUCGUCGAGAUUCGCGAGCAUGAGAAGUUGGGCGAUAGGGUGGAGUGGAUCGCUAUGCCGGCCAUCCAGGGCGUGAGCCUCUACACUCUGCAUCUCGCACUUCAGUUGACGAAACGCUGGACCUGGAGCGAAGCCAUGGUAGACCAAACACUUGAGCCGCGCCCCACGGCGACGGAUAUUACACGGCUAUACAACGAGGAGCUGAUCCCGGUGGAGUUUGUCUUCCAUGUCUUCCUCAAUGUUGGCCGGGCGCUGCAGUCUCUGCAUGAGUCUGGAUGGGCGCACGGAGAUAUCAAAGAGCGGAAUAUCAUGGUUUCCAGCCCCAGAAGAGCUAUCUUCCCCGACCUGGUGCUCCUGGACUUCGGCAGCGCAUGGUCGGCAACGCAAGAGAAGACGAAAGUCUUGGUCGACAUCAGAAGCUUCUGCGAUAUGAUGUAUUGUCUCGCCGAAAGCCAUAGAUACUGCGAACACCGCCAGAGCGGCUGCAAGCGCCAUCCUCAAGAGUGGGACGACUUCGUGAAGGCAAUGGCAGACGGGGCGGAAACGCCGUGCAAAUCAAUGAAGGAAGUCAUUAGACAGUUUGAGGGGGUAGCCGAGAGAUGUCGAAACUCUGCGGACACCAAGAUUCAAGGCUAUGUUGGAGUGGCUCUGCGCGCCGCUACGAAACGGGAAGAGAGUCUUGCCGGUAUUACAGACGCGGAACUGAAGAAAGCCCUGUUUCCUUCUACGUAG